GCGAGGGUGUCAGAUUGAAUGGCCUGUGCGCAUGUGCGAAGGUAUCACAACUGACAAUGCUGGUGAGAUGAAGAUAGUGUUGUUUGCUGCUUCUGGGCUCACGGAGGACGACGAGAGGAAUCUACAAGCCGACAAGAUGAGAUCCAAGGCGAGGGCGAGAAAACUGGCCAAAAAUGACAGCGAGCCAGUGGACAGCAUGUACGACACAGAGGCUGAUCUGCCAGGUUUAGCAGCCGGCAGCGGAGGGGGCGCCGACAGCCCAGAAGACGACGCAGAAGACGGCGUCAUCAACAUGUCCCCCUUGCCCUCACCGACUCCCUCCCAUCCGAACAACAACCACCACCACCUGCUACACUCCCAUAUCUAUUCGUCUCACCACCACCAUCUCCACAACAAUAGCAGCAGCAGCAAUGACCAGGACUUCACCACACCCAAGGAGGGCUCGCCCUAUGAGGCGCCUGUCUACAUUCCUGAUGACAUUCCCAUUCCUAGUGAACUGGAGCUGCGGGAGUCCUCUGUGCCCGGUGCAGGUCUGGGUGUAUGGGCAAAGACCCGCAUAGGUGCUGGUGAGAGGUUCGGUCUGCACAACACAAAGCAUCAUGUGGCCACAGGCAAAGACAGCUCCUUUGGAUGGGAGAUGAUGAAUGACCAUGAAGAUGACUCCCCUGAUAGCUGUAUCAAAAAGGUGGUGGAUGACAUGGGCAACGUGAAGUUUGCACUGGACACAGGACCGGAUGCCACCAGCAGCAGCUGGCUCAAAUAUGUCCGUUCUGCAACAUCAUUUGAGGAGCAGAAUCUCGCCGCCUGUCAUCUCACAGGAGACCAGAUUUAUUAUAAAGCUGUCCGGGACAUUGAAGCAGGGGAGGAGCUCUUAGUGUAUAUGAAGGACGGUAUUUUCCCUGAGGGAUCCAUGGCACCCAACCUACAAGACGAGCAGAUGUACCGCUGCGAAGACUGUGAUGAGCUGUUCUCCUCAACGCUUGAGCUGCGGCGGCAUCAGAAGUAUUCGUGCUCCAACGCUGGCUCCAUCUUUGACACACUGAGAGACGACUUCAAACAGGAACGCGAGGACAGCGACGAUCCGGUCCAUGAGUGUAAAGACUGUGAGAAGAUCUUUCCAAAUGAGUACAGUCUGGGACAACACAUGAUAGUCCAUACAGAAGAGAGGGAAUACAAGUGCGACCAGUGCCCCAAAGCCUUCAACUGGAAGUCCAACCUCAUCCGUCACCAGAUGUCACAUGACAGUGGCAAGCGCUUUGAGUGUGAAAACUGUGAUAAGGUACAGCAUACCCGGCACGUGUUCACAGAUCCCAGCAACCUUCAGCGUCACAUCCGCUCCCAGCACGUGGGGGCACGUGCUCACACGUGCCCUGAAUGUGGCAAGACCUUUGCCACCUCAUCAGGCCUCAAGCAGCAUAAGCACAUCCACAGCAGUGUCAAACCCUUUAGCUGCGAGGUGUGCCACAAAUCCUAUACCCAGUUCUCCAACCUCUGCCGCCACAAGCGUAUGCAUGCUGACUGCCGUACCCAGAUCAAGUGUAAAGACUGUGGGCAGUUAUUCAGCACUACCUCCUCCCUCAACAAGCACCGUCGAUUCUGUGAGGGCAAAAACCAUUAUGGAUCUCCAGCAGGGAUGUUCAACCCUGGCAUCCCGAUGAGCUCCAGCCCCAUCAUGGCUAAGGCUAAGUCCCACCAUCCCCAUCUUUCUGGUCUAAAUCAGUCAGGUUUAGGCUUCACUGACUACUUUCCUUCCCGACCUCAUCCUCAUGCUGGCUUGCCCUUCUCCCCAGGACCCCAUGGCUUCCCAUCUCUCCCACAUGGUUUCCCAGGUAUCUUUCCCCCAUCAUUAUAUCCGCGACCUCCUUUAUUACCGGCCAGUCCGAUGAUAAAGAGUCCGCUGGGCGGCAGCAGUCAGGAGGUGAAGCUCCCUCAGAGUCCUCUAGAUGCACCUCCACUGUCUCUAGUUAGUUCCACAAAUGGCAAUGGAAUUAACAGUUUGAGCCAGCAUGAAGACAAAGAGAAAGAGAAUAAAUUGGGUUUGACUUCUAGUGGAGAAGCCAAGCCAAAAUCUAAGAUGGCAGAUAUGUCUGAUGGUAGUGACCUUGAAGACAUUAAUACCACAAGUGGGACAGAUUUGGACACCACCACAGGUACUGCUUCAGGGGAUGGUUCUGACCUGGAAAGUGAAGGAGAGAGUGAGCGGGAGCGAAGUGGUAAAAGAAGGAAGCCAUCUGGCACUGUAUCAAGCCAAGAAGCCCACCAGUUAGAAGACACAAACCGUGCGUUGAUAUCAGCCAUGUCUAGUUCAGGGAACCUGUCUAUUAAUCGUCCAUUUCUCGCUUCUGCAUCACAGCACUCCUUCUUCCCCCCACCCGAUGAGCAAGCCCUCCCACCCACCACCACCACAAAUUCCAAUCCAGCCACCACUGAUUCCAUAAAAGCCAUUGCUUCUAUUGCAGAGAAAUAUUUCGGUCCAGGUUUGAUUGGACUUCAUCAAGAGAAGAAGAUGGGUCCAUUGCCCUAUCAUUCCAUGUUUCCCUUCCAGUUUCUGCCCAACUUCCACAACUCCCUCUAUCCUUUCAGCGCUGAUCGAGGUGGUCUCAAUCCUAGUAUGUUUUUUAAAGCAGAGCCCAAGUCACCUCGUGAGCAACUGCACAAGAUGGUUUCUAGUUCCCCGGCAGCUCCUGCUCCCACAGCAGAAUCACCAUUUGAUCUCACCACAAAACCCAAGGAGGCUAAGAUAGCUCCUCCAACACCAACAAACACCUCAAACCCCAACAGUAGUACUGGGAGCAGUAGUGGACAUUUAGCAAUAUCUAGUAAUGAAGAACAGCCAUUGGACCUCAGCAUUGGCAGCCGGAGCAGAGGCAGUCAUAAUGGGGUGCCAGCCGAGCCACAUAAUCGAAAGAACCAUAUCUAUGGAGGUGGAAAAGGGGUCUCAAUCAAGGAUGAGACGCCGUCUGGUUUUCCACACCCUCAUUCACAGUCUUUGCACCAAUCCUCCAUUACCCAGCACCAGCACCAGCAGCCCCAGGCACAGCCACACCAGCCGCCACCCCUACACUAUGCUAAGCCCUCAGCAUUCUUCAUGGAUCCCAUAUACAGCAGGGUGGAGAAGAGGAAGCUACUCGACCCAGUAGGAGCUCUGAAGGAGAAGUUCCUCAGGCCUUCUCCACCACUCUUCCAUCCCCAGAUGUCAGCAAUGGAAAACAUGACAGACAAGCUGGACAGCUUUGGCGCGCUAAAACUGGACGCACCGCCUAAUUCGCUGCAACACUCGGCCCAUCCACUGUUCAACUUCCGCUCACCACCACCUUCCCUCUCAGACGCCAUCCUUCGCAAGGGCAAGGAACGCUACGCGUGCAGGUACUGUGGGAAAAUCUUCCCUCGCUCAGCAAAUCUAACCAGACAUUUGCGGACACACACUGGGGAACAGCCCUACAGGUGUAAAUACUGUGACCGCUCAUUCAGCAUCUCAUCCAAUCUCCAACGCCAUGUCCGCAAUAUCCAUAACAAGGAGAAGCCCUUCAAGUGUCACCUGUGCAACCGCUGCUUUGGUCAGCAAACCAACCUCGAUCGCCAUCUCAAGAAGCACGAGCACGAAAACAUUCCUGUGAGCCAACAGUCUGGGAUGCUUUCCAACUUAGGAACUACCAUCUCCUCGCCAAACUCAGAGCCAGAAAAUCAUGCACUUUUAGAUGAGAAGGAGGACUCGUACUUCUCAGAAAUCCGUAACUUCAUUUCCAACAGUGAGAUGAACCAGGCCUCCAGCUCCACGGAUAAGAGAUCAGACCAGCCUGAGGAGGAGCACCCUCCCAGUCAUAGUUUGUCCAACUCCAAGCUAAGUCUCCAGGGUCUGGAAGAAGAGGAAGAGGAAGUGGAGGGUGACGAUGAAGAGGAGGAGGAAGGCAGCCUGACAGAGAAGUCGCACGAUGAGGCGCCUGAGUCUCCGUCUCCUGUAACAACAGGCGUGUAUGAGGAGGAUGAGGAAGAGGAAGAGACAGAGACGGCUCCAUUAGCGAUGAGCUAUGAACACACUCGCAGGUGUAUAGAGGAGGAAGGCUCUCUCUUGGACCUGGAGGCUCUGCCCAGCUUUCCCAAGAGCCUGGACGGUUUACGUAAAGCAGCCAGUGACGAGCAGCCUUUCGAUGUUAAAGACAUUUUUAACACUUCUCUAGAGUCUGAGGCAUUGAAAGAGACAUUGUACAGACAGGCUAAAACCCAGGCUUAUGCAAUGAUGCUGUCUCUCUCUGAGAACAACCCUUUGCACGCGCCCUCCCAGAACUCUCUGGACGCUUGGCUGAGCAUGGGAGGUGGACCGUCUGAGACGAGCAGCUUUCACCCACUCAACCACAUCUAGGCGAAAGAGAGAAAAGUUGGGAGGAAGAGUAGGAGGAACAUUAGUUUCACAAAUGGAUAGAAACAAGAGACUGAGUGGACAUGAGUAGGGGGCAAGACAAGGAGGCCAGAGAAGAAUUCAUUGUCAUAUACAUUCAAGAUAGAAAGAAUUAGUUUGUGUGUGUGUGUGUGUGUGUGCGUGUGUGUGUGUGUGUGUGUGUGUGUGUGUGUGUGUAUGUGUGUGUCUGUGUGUGUGUAAGAGAGGAAGGGAAGAUUUUCCCUAGGUGAAGGGUCUUGCAAAGACUGUCAAAGAGAACGCACUGCUAAGCUCCUGUUGAUGUGAAGGACACGAUGAAUGCUUCUCAAUAGCAUUGAAACUCUGCAUUACUCUGAUCCUCCCCAAGUGCACAAGGCUUACCGCAGCAUCACAGAGACCCUGCGUGAGGCUCUCAUAAAGACUCUUAAUGACUGAUAUGUCUCUAAAGUCUGUACACACCGCCUACUACAAACACUGCAGCAACAUGCUGUAUUGACACUGCAUGUCCACAAGGUGGCACUGUUACACCAAGAAUCGAGUGAGCGUGUGGACAGUUGUUUCCAUGUUUCCCCCACCAACCAUGGGCGACUCAUUUACUGAUCUUGUUUCAGUUGUAACAGCAGAAUCAACAAUAGCAUCACACAAAAUGUUACUUAAGGAAUUGGCAGAUACAAUAGACUGUUGAUUUUUUUUUUUUUAAGAAUGAUAUUCAAUGUUCAAAUGUGCUUUUAAUGAGUUAUCUGGGCCACUAGCUAUUUUAAUUGGUUACUCAAACUUGAUCAUGCUGAAAAUGAAUUUAAGUCAUGUUCAGAAAAAAAAUGAGGAAAGUCUUUCUCUGCUUGUUUCACUGUCAUUUGUUAAUUUUAUUUACAUUAAUUUUUUCUUUCCUCUUACACAGUAUUCUUUCUUUGUAGGCACCACAGUGCUAAAUUGUUAAUAUAAUUAAUUUAGAGAAGGACCAAAAUUGUAUGAUAUUGUCAUAUGAUGUACAAAUUAACCUAGAUGUUCAUAGGAAGAGUGGUAUGUGCCAAAUAACCCAUAGAAAAUGUUUUGUUCUCUGACAAUCAUUUCAUUUCCAAGGGGCUUGUAUUUGCUGUCAUAGUUCUUUUUUUUUUUUUUUUUUCCUUAUUACGCGCUUAUAUAUUUGAUUUCAGAAGUGUGUGUUUCUAUUUAUUUUUGGUUGUUUUGUCAUGACUGGAGGAGUGAAAAUGAAGAAAAGUCAUUUUAUCCCUCUUUUCUUAUUGCUGAAGGAAUGGUAAACUAUCGGAACAUGAGGGAGAUUCUGAAUCUCUGGUUUUGAUGGAUUAGUGUGCCAAAAUGAAAAAUCAAAAAAAAAAAAAAAUUUAUUGUUUUAUUUAUAGUGAAAUAUAGCUGUAGUUAGUCUUAGAUCCUAUUUGGCAUUGAAACAUCCUGCAGUGUUUAGUCUUUUUAUUUCCUUGUUUCAACUGAACCGUUUUACCCAGUAGGCUGAACGUGUCUCAUUCAAAAUGGUUCAAGUACUAAAGGGGGCAGGCUUGGACAGCUUUCAUUGUGGAUGUCAUGAAAAGGGCAUUACAUUGUCACACUGUUGAAUCUGAGUAGUUUCUAUAGCAUCAAGCUCCCCAUUUCCUCUGUUUGGCAUUUAAUACAUGUCUUAUAACCAACAAAUACUGUUUUCAAAUGAGUUGUCCAAAAUCACAUGGUCUAAAAUUCAAGAGCACACAGUCACAACUGCAUGAACAUGACACAAUCACUGAUUAUUCAAGAAGAACAGCAACGACUCAUUAAACCAAACGAACCAAUCAAAACAGACCACAGAAAGUAUUAAAAUGGACAUCAUAAUUCUGCUGGUCGGUCAAUGUAACACACACAAGUUAAAUGUGUAGUUGAUUCUGGAUGGGGCGAUAAUCCCUUGAUAAUCCCUUAAUUUGAAAUCCUUCUUCUGAGAUCAUACUGAAAACUCAUUCCAUAUGGUCUACAAGGUAGCUGUGCCGUGGAGGGCAUGAUUAAUUUACUGUAGAUAGCUGCAAAAGGUGGAGGGCGAGCAUUGUUGAUCACUGUUCCUCUCUGCAUACUGGGACUUUCCUAACCAGGCCUGAUGCUGUAUUUUUAAACUAGCACUUAAAUCACAUGGGUCCAAGCCAUUAAUUGAUCAUGCUUAGGUCCCUGAAUGUUAGAACAGAUACAUUUGGUUUCACUUUCAGUAGAUGGGCAUGCUGUGCUCAACACGGAGAGGUAAGGAUGACAGAAGCACUGUAAUUUUUCUUCAUGACAGUAGGUGGUAGUGUGAUGCUAGGACUGCUGCAUCAUCUCAAUUUUCUAAAGACAGAUGUCUUUUUUUUAUAUAUAUAUAAUUCUACUGAAUGAGAUUCCAUUCAUGAUAAAUGCAUUGUUUUCCAACUUGUGGUUACAAAAUGUAAAGACUUGGGUCAUUAACUUUUAAGGUUGACUAUUUGUAGUAAUUCUUGUCAUGGACUACUGUAAUAAGUACGCGCUGUGUAAAGCAAAGGAACUGAAGGCAUAUAGGUAUUUCAUUUUGCCAGCUUCAGAAAAUAUUCUGGGAAAUGGUCACUGAAAUAUGUUUCAGCAUAACAGAACAUGGUUGCUGUUUGCCCCCCGCUGUUACAGGAGAAAGUAAAAAUAUACAUAGUUUCUUUUUAACUGUAUAGUAUUUUAAAGAAUGAAAAAACAUGGUGCAUUUGUCUGAAGAAGAAAAAAAAAUCAUUGAAAAAUAUGGAUUUAAAUGGAUGGUGCUUGUUUUGUUAAAAUCUGAGUUGUAUAUCGCCUCUGUUAUGUUUAUUGAAAACAAACAAAAAAAAAAGUUAUCGUGCAUGACGUGUUAGCAGUCAUAAUGAUGUCCAUUUGUGAAACGUGUAUCAAAUCGAAAAAGAAAAAAAAAAAAGAAAAGGAAAAAAAAGAAAUCCGUAGAUGCACUUAUUGUACAUGUGGUUAGGUUAGUAUGUUUGACUUCAACUUCUGACUGCCUUACAGAUGUUUUGACAGGUGGUCCUGAAAGACACAGAAAAGACUUGUCAGAGAAGACAUAAUGAAAAACAAUAAAGGAUUGUAGAAUAAUAUUGAACAAUUCUGAAAUUGCAGUUCUUUUGAUGCUUGUGAUUAUUGCAGAUGUACUUUAGAGAAAUUUCAUUGAAAAGAUAUGACUCUGAUGUUAAUUCUGUAGAAUAGCAAUGUAUACCAAAUGUAAUCUUUCCAAUGCUAUGAAGAAUUUAUACAUGAAAUUGAUAUGCAAUAA